UGUAUUUGGGGUUAUUAUCAGAAAUACCUAAAAUAAGUGACGAUAGUUUUCUGUUACAAAUUGCACAAUUUACUUUUCCCAAAUCCUAACAAAUUUCUUCUGCUACUCACUUGUGCUCAAUCUUCGCCCGUCAAUGGAGGAAAAAACAUUCGAUCCGGAUUUAAUUCGCGCUAUUUUCAAACUCGUCUGGGAAAAACGAGGAGCAGAGCGGGAGAAGAAUCAACUCUCAGAAAAUGAAGCAGAGGCUGGACCAAGUACGACGAAGAGAAGCAGGCAAAUUCCUGCCAACGGGAAUGCAUUGAAGCUGAGCUGUGAACUCCUCCGAGUUUUUGUGGCAGAGGCUAUCCAGCGUGCUGCUGCCAUUGCUGAAGCAGAGGGCUCAUUGAAAAUAGAAGCAACUCAUCUAGAAAGGAUACUUCCUCAAUUACUUUUAGACUUUUGAGGUACCAUUGAGCUUUGAUUUUCUGUGGAGUUACUUCAGUUCAGUCAUGUAUUAAACCCAACUAGUGCUCCUGAAAGUCAUAUUUUGAUUCAAACUGAUUUAAUCAUAUUCCUAUCAUUCAGAAUGUGUA